AUGGAUUCAGAUUCAGCAUCAGAUCAAGAAAGUCUGAUCCAAUCAUCAGAGGAAGACUUCGGUUCCUCGGAGUAUGAAUCAGAGGAAGAUGAGGUUUGCAUAGAUGACGUUAGGGACUGGUGUAAAGUGAAAAGUUCAGAAAAGAGCUGUGCACCGCCUAAAUUUCCUUUUCUUGGAGAUCCUGGAAUCAAAGCCACGUUUUAUGACGAAAGAGAUCCACUAGAAUAUUUCCGAUUAUUUUUUAAUGACCAAAUAAUGGAUCACAUUGUUAUCGAAACCAACAGAUAUGCCGACCAGUACUUAGAGACUGCUCAUCUAACACCUUCAUCCCGAUCAUUGAAGUGGAAAGAAACAGAUGCAGAGGAGAUGCAUAGAUUCAUCUCACUUCUUCUACUCCAAGGAAUCACCCAAAAACCCGUAGAAAGAUGGUUCUGGUCAAAGCGACCAUCAAUAACCACUCCUUUUUACGGUCGAGUAAUGAGCUCGACACGUUUUUCUCUGAUAAUGAAAUUUCUUCAUUUUGUGAAUAACGAAACUAUCGAUGCAAGUUAUCCCGCACCUAAGUUGAAAAAAAUAUAUGACAUUCACAACAUGUUGACGAAAAAUUUUCAAUCGGCAUAUGUACCAGAGGAGGAACUAUCAAUCGACGAAUCUUUGCUAGCAUAUAAUGGGCUGCUGGGUUGGAAGCAAUACAUUCCAACCAAGCGAGCGAGAUUUGGAAUAAAAAUGUAUGAGCUCUGCGAAUCCAGAAGUGGAUAUAUAUGGAACUCUAUUAUUUACACUGGCAAGGAUACAGCUUUCAAAGAUAUUUACGCGCAUUUUGGAUUAUCGACCAAAAGUGUCAUGACACUUGCACACGAUUUGUUAGGAAAAGGAUAUACAAUUGUUACAGACAAUUUCUACACUUCUCCUGAGCUUGCCGAUCUUUUAAUCAAGGAAAAAACCGAUAUUUACGGAACAAUAAAGGCAAACAGAAAAGGUUUACCUGCCGAGAUCAGAAAAAAAGAGAAAUUAGAGAAAGGUCAAAUUGUAGCAUAUCAGAAAGGAAAAAUGUGUGUGAUGAAGUGGCAAGAUAAAAAGACAGUAUGCAUGCUCAGCACAAUUCACAAUGCUGAUACUGUCAAUAUUGGCGCUGAUGAUAGAAUCAAAACUAAACCCGUAAUGGUGCAUGAGUACAAUUCGACAAUGGGUGGGGUGGACAGAUCUGAUCAAUGCCUAUCCUAUUACAGCAUAACAAGAGAUCAGCAAAGGAAGUAUUACAAAAAAAUCUUUCGGCACUUACUGAGUCAAUCGGUUUGGAACGCUUUUGUAAUUUUUAAAAAGAACGGUGGAACUCUAUCCCAUGUAAAUUUUCGACUUCGCCUGAUUGAAAGACUAAUUGAACAUUCUGGAGAACUAAAAUGUGUGCCAAAUCGUAGCGUAGGGGUAAAAGCAUCGGAAAACAUCUUGAGAUUGACCGGAAGGCAUUUUCCCUCCUAUGUUACAAAUAACUCAACAAGUAAACAAUAUCCUGUAAGGAAAUGUGUUGUUUGUGGCAGUAAAACAAACGAUAACGGGAAACGCAUUAGACGAGAAACAAGAUUUCAGUGCGAAGAGUGUAAUGUUGGUCUCUGUGCGGUCCCAUGUUUUAAAAUUUACCAUACUUCUCAAGCAUUCUAA